UAAAACACACAAAAGUACAACGCCAAAAGAGCCACAGCAGCAGCGGCACGGCACGGCAGUGGAUAGAGUUGAAAUUUGAAAUUUCAUUCGCAACGAAUAUCAGUUGAAUACGUCGAAGCAAACAACGUGGACGUGUCUGUUCUCUGUGAUAAAUGUUGCUUCCAUUAUAAUUUCGUUUUGUUAAUAUUUAAGUUUUAUUCUUUCUUUUAAUUUAUUUUCAAAAUUAAUAUUUAUCGUUAUUUUCUUCCGUCAUCGUUUUUUGAAUUCAAGCUAAAAUAACAAACGCGUCCCACGUCAAAAAAUACCAAACGAAAAUGAAUUAAUAAAUUUAUUUUUAAAAAGUGAGUGCGAACUAAAAAGAAAAAUCAAAAGCAAUUCCUUGAUAAUUUAACUGAAUUAAGUGCUGUGCAAUUUAAGAGAAAAAUAUAUUUAAAAAAAAAUAAGUAAUUUUUUAAAAUAAACAAAAAAUGGAUACAACUACUGCAAAUCCCACCUCAAACGGAUAUACCACCGACUCUACACCUGAUAGUAACAAAUGUAUUACCGUCGUUCCUGAUACCAGUAGUGCGUCCUCUGAAGUGACACGAAGUCCUACGAACCCCUCUGUUCCGGAAAAUGCUUCUGCAGGACAGAACAACCUUUCAACACCAAAGAAGUUCAUUUUGGACGCUUUGACUCGCAAAAAGCUCUACUCGCCUGGUGGCUGUGAUAUUCGCUCCUUGCACAUUCGCUCGGAGCCCGGAAGCCUGAAUCUCCUCAAGGAUCGGUAUCUUCUGUCAACGGAAAGAACAACAGUUCCCACCGAUUCCAAAUCAAGUUACAAACACUUCGUCGAUCUCUCAAGCUCAAACCUAAAAUGCGUGGACAUUUACUCCGAAGAGCAGUACCUCUGCAAAAUAAUCAACGAACCUCUACACAAAGUUCAAAUGGCCUACUUUAAGCUGAAACAGGAUAACUGCCAAAGUGACAUUUACGAGCAUCAGCUAGUGCGCUCGGUCCGCGAUGUCAUACCAAUGUCCAGAAAUCGCACCUACGCAAUCGUCCCGCAAUGUGCCGAAAUCUACGAGGAUUUGCACACGUACAUUCGGAAUAAGCGCAGACUUCCAGAAUCAGAAGCCCGAUCGCUAUUCCAUCAAAUCUGUCAGACUGUACAGGUCUGCCAUCGCAAUGGGAUUAUAUUAAGAGACUUAAAGCUGAAGCGAUUUUACUUCAUCGAUGCCGAGAGAACAAAAAUACAAUAUGAAUCACUGGAAGGUUCAAUGAUCCUCGACGAUCCUGACGAUGAUACACUGUACGACAAAAUUGGAUGUCCAUUGUAUACGGCUCCUGAACUUCUCUGCCCGAAUUCCACCUAUGCUGGCAAGCCUGCUGAUAUGUGGUCCUUAGGAGUCAUUCUCUACACAAUGCUCGUUGGCCAAUAUCCAUUCUACGAAAAGGGAGGCUGCAAUCUCAUUACAAUCAUCCGACACUGCCAGGUGCAGAUACCUACAGCACUAAGCAAACCAGUGCGUUGGUUGCUGCGCAACUUGCUGCGACGUAUCCCUGACGAAAGACUACGAGCUGAGCAUAUAUUUCUGCAUCCCUGGUUGGAGGAACUAAAACCGGCUUUCAUGCAUGUCACUGUUGAUGCAGUAUUUUCGGAUAGUGAAAGUGAGGGAGGCAAGCGUAGGAACGAUGACGAUGAUAAGAGUGAGCAACAACCUAAGACAAAACGAGUUAAGAUCGACUUCUUUGAUGACUUCUCAACGGACUUUGCCAUCGACGAUGAUGGCGAAAUGGGAUGAUUGUGUUAUAAAUUGUUAAAUUUGUUAUCGAGUCCCAUGGACUCAAGAAGAAAAAUAUCAAAUGAGGCGUGCGGCAACUUGCGCUUUAGACUUUUGUUGACUUUGUCGUGUCACAAACAUGAGCCUGCUUUGAUGCUGUUGGCCAUUUGGAGCAAAAGAUGAACACAGCGGAACCCUGCUUAUGAAUUAUCUUCGAGAAAAUUUUAGUAAUUUUUCCUGCAAUGGUCCUCCGAUGACUACAAGAGAUAAAUGAGUAGGAAGGCGGCGAGUGAUUGGUCGCAUUUGUUGAAUUUUAUUAUCUAAAACUUGAGUUUUAUUUUUUUUAUUAAAUUUGUAAUUUGUUAAAAAGAAAAA